AAGAAAGAGCAGAGACAAAAUGAGGGGACUGCUCAUCUUGAUGGGUCUGGCGUGCUUGGCGAGCGCGCAGCACCAAGCGCUGAUCGACUACUUGGAGCGCAGGCUGCUCGCCAUCGAGGACCGCAUCUCCCUGUGGCACGAGCAGGCCACCCGCUACGCCUCAGAGCUGCGGGAGCUCAAACAGCAGAUGCUGUUCCAGCUGGAGAACCUGGACAAGGAAAAAGAGGCGCUGCGGGUGAACCUGGACGGCGUGGGUACCAGAGUGGAGCGGGUGGAGCGGGAGCUGGACUAUCUGGAGACCCAGAACGGAGCGCAGCCUUGCGUGGACAUGGACGAGGAGCUGAUCGAGCAGCAGGUGACACUGGUGCAGGAGAAGCACAAGACCAAGUACGCCAAGCUCACUGACUGCAGCGACAUGAUCUCCACCAUAAAGGCCAUGAAGAUCUUAAAGCGAGUCGGCGGGUCCAAGGGCAUGUGGACCAGAGACACCGGCGGGGGCUCGGGGAAGGUCUUCAUCUUCAACGGGACGGAUACAGACACCAUCUUUGAGUUUUCCAGCGUGCAAGACUUCACACGCUCGCAGGGCCUGUCCGAGUCCCGGCAGCUGAAAGUUCCCUCCGCCUGGAGCGGGACAGGCCACGUGGUCUACAACAAUCACGCCUAUCUGGUCACGCGGGCGGAUGAGGUCACCCUGCUCAAGUACGACUUGAGGAACCCGUCCACGGUGGACAGCGUGGUGUUCCCGGUCCAGGACCACGUUCCGGUGUACGGCUUGAGCCCCGAGACCGCAGUGGACCUGGCCGUGGACGAGGAAGGCCUGUGGGCCAUCUACGCCACGCGUCAGGCUGAGAAGCACAUCUCCCUGGCCAAACUAGACGCAGUCUCCCUGGACAUCCAGCAGAUGUGGGACUCCAACUGCCCCAGGGAGAACGCGGAGGCGGCCUUCGUGAUCUGCGGGACGCUUUACGUGGUCUACAACACCCAGCAGGCGGGACGCUCGCGUGUCCAGUGCGUGUUUGACGUCAACGACAUGGUGAGCAGCGACGACGCUCCGCUGGUCUACUUCCCCAAACGCUACGGAGCGCACGCCAGUAUCAAGUACAACCCGCUGGAGCAGCUGCUGUACGCCUGGGAUGACGGCUACCAGAUUCUCUACAAACUGGCCAUGAAGAAGAAACUGGAGCUUUAAGACACUAGAACCCCCAGAGAGGAAGUCGUUUUGGCCACACCGCAUUGACAACUUUCCUUUUGUAUUCAUCUUGGUGAACUUAAACUGCUGACAACCUUCUGCCAUACAGAAGGAUUAUGAACGUGUUACAAAAGCAGUGAAGUUGUCACGUUGUGUAAAUGGUAAAUAAAAACAGAAUACAAUGAUUUGCAAAUCCUUUUCAACCUAUAUUUAAUUGAAUAGACUGCAAAAACAAGAUAUUUAACGUUCCAACUGGAAAACGUUAUUUUUUGCAAAUAUUAGCUCAUUUGGAAUUUGAUGCCUGCAACAUGUUUCAAAAAAGCUGGCACAAGUGGCAAAAAAGACUGAGAAAGUUGAGGAAUGCUCAUCAAACACUUAUUUGGAACAUCCCACAGGUGAACAGGCUAA